UUUAUCAGUUCUAGACUUUCUUGAUGGAAUCUGUAAGAUCUGUUAAGGAUGAGAUUCUAUCAGCAAAUAGGAAUUAUUUCACUUCUCUAUUUGAUUGCCUUUUGUUAGUUUCUUCUGUCUUAUUGCUCUGGCUAGGAAUUCUAGUACCAUGUUGAAUAAGAGUAGCAGAGUGGAACCCUUUGUCCUGUUUCUGAUUAGGGAAAAGGAUUUUAGUUUUCCUCCAUUGUCAUAUAUAGUUUUUAUAAAGUGCAAGUACAUUUCUUCUAUUCCUGUUUUCUUGGAGCUUUUGACACAAAAGGAUGCUGAAGUUUGUUAGGCUUUUUGUGAACCUCCAGUUGAGAUGAUAUGAUUUUUGCUUUUGAUCCUGUUAAUGUGAUGUGUUAUAUUUAUUGAUUUACAUGUUGAACCAUCCUUGCAUUCCUAGGAUGAAACCAACUUGAUCAUGGUAUGGUAUUUUUGAUGUUGUUGAAUUUGUAGGGAUUGUAUUGAGAAAUUUUGCCUCAGUGUUUAUCAGUGAGUUUGGAUUAUAAUUUCUUGUUAAGACUAGUGUAUGUAUCCUAGUCUAUGUUCAUUUUUGGAGAAAGUUUUAUGGGUUACUGAGAAGAAUAUGUGUUGUGCAACUACUGGAUGAAAUCCUUUAGCUGUCUGUUGACUACAUUUGUUUGACAUUGUUAUUUAAUUCUGGGAUUUCUUUGUUAAUUUUUUUGUUUAGAUGAUUUAUCUAAUGGUGAGAGUGGUGUAUUGAAGUCUCCCACUAUUAUUAUGCUGGGAUCUGACAGUGCUUUUAAGUCCAGAAGUGUUUGUUUAACUUUGAAAAGAAAAAUGGUGCAGGUUUUGAUGAAAUUGUAGAGAACUGUGGUGGUAUCAUGGAUACAGAAAUGUCUGAAGAUAUAGACCACAACCUAACUCCUACCCUUGACAGCAUGUCUUAUGGAAUGCCGAAUCAAACGGGAUCUGAAAAUUCAUUGCUGGAUGAAGAUGAUUAUUUUUUGAACUCGGGGGAUCUUGCAGGAAUUCCAGUCGUUGGUAGUGACAAUGAGGAUGAACAGGAUUUUAGUUCAAAGGACAAUCUUGUUUCUUCAGUUCAUACUGAUGAUAGCUUGGAAGUAGAGAGAAGAGCUACACAGCAUGAAUCAGACAAUGAAAAUGAAAUACAAAUUCAAAAUAAAUUAAAAAAAGACUUUCCUAAACAGUUUGAUCAGGUUUCUGUCUUUAAAUCAAUACGGAAAGAUUUUAGUUUAGUAAGAGAAAACAGCAAAGAGACAUUUUCUGGGAAGGAGAAAAAUAGAGACCUAACUUACCAUGAACGUGAAAAACGGUUGGAUAAAUCCCAUAAAGAUUUGGAUUCAAGGUUGAAAAGCAGUUUUUUUGAUAAAGCAGCAAAUCAAGUUGAAGAAACAUUACAUACUCAUUUACCACAAACCCCAGAAACAAACUUUAGGGAUUCCAGCUACCCAUUUGCCAAUAAAGAACCCAUUGGUUCGGAACUGGGGAAUUCCUUUGCAUCAAAUAUUAGAAUUAAAGAAGAACCUUUGGAUGAUGAGUAUGACAAAGCAAUGGCACCACAGCAGGGACUUCUAGACAAAAUUAAAGAUGAACCUGAAAAUGCUCAAGAGUAUAGUCAUGGCCAACAGCAAAAAACUCAAGAGGGGGAACUGAAAAUUAGUGCUGUAUUUUCAGUCAGUGGCAGUCCUCUUGCUCCUCAGUUGACUACUGGCUUUCAGGCUUCACUGGCAUCAUCUGGCAUGAAUAAAAUGCUUCCUUCAGUUCCAGCCCCAGCUAUACGAGUUUCCUGUUCUGGUUGUAAGAAAAUCCUCCAGAAGGGGCAAACUGCCUAUCAGAGGAAAGGGUCUACUCAGCUUUUCUGCUCUACACUGUGCCUCACCGGAUAUACAGUUCCACCUGCCCGCCCACCACCUCCUCUCACCAAGAAAACUUGCUCAAGUUGCUCAAAAGACAUUUUAAAUCCAAAGGAUGUGAUCAGUGCCCAGUUUGAAAAUACCACCACCAGUAAAGAUUUUUGUAGUCAAUCAUGUUUGUCAACAUAUGAACUGAAAAAAAAACCUAUUGUUACCAUAAAUACAAACAGCAUUUCAACCAAAUGCAGCAUGUGUCAGAAGAAUGCCGUUAUUCGACAUGAAGUUAAUUACCAGAAUGUGGUACAUAAACUUUGCAGUGAUGCCUGCUUCUCUAAGUUUCGCUCGGCUAACAACCUCACUAUGAACUGUUGUGAGAAUUGUGGGGGUUACUGUUACAGUGGCUCAGGACAGUGCCACAUGCUUCAGAUAGAGGGACAAUCUAAGAAGUUUUGUAGUUCAAUGUGUGUCACAGCAUACAAGCAGAAAUCAGCCAAAAUUACACCAUGUGCACUUUGCAAAUCAUUGAGAUCCUCUGCAGAAAUGAUCGAAAAUACCAAUAGCUUGGGGAAGACAGAACUUUUUUGUUCUGUUAAUUGCUUAUCUGCUUACAGAGUUAAAAUGGUUACUUCUGCAGGUGUACAAGUUCAGUGUAACAGUUGUAAGACCUCAGCAAUCCCUCAGUAUCAUUUAGCCAUGUCAGAUGGAAGCAUACGCAACUUCUGUAGCUACAGCUGUGUGGCUGCUUUCCAGAAUUUGUUCAAUAAACCAACUGGUAUGAAUUCUUCAGUAGUGCCCUUGUCUCAAGGCCAAGUAAUUGUGAGCAUCCCCUCAGGUUCAACGGUGUCUGCAGGAGGCAGUAACAACACCUCUGCUGUCUCUCCCUCCUCCAUCAGCAGCUCUGCCGCUGCUGGCCUCCAGCGUCUUGCUGCCCAAUCCCAGCAUGUUGGGUUUGCACGGAGUGUUGUGAAACUCAGGUGUCAACACUGUAACCGUCUUUUUGCCACAAAGCCAGAACUUCUUGAUUAUAAGGGUAAAAUGUUCCAGUUCUGUGGCAAGAAUUGUUCUGAUGAAUAUAAGAAAAUAAAUAAUGUAAUGGCAAUGUGUGAAUAUUGUAAAAUUGAGAAAAUUGUAAAGGAGACUGUGCGAUUCUCAGGUGCUGACAAGUCAUUCUGUAGUGAAGGUUGCAAAUUGCUUUAUAAACAUGACUUGGGAAAACGCUGGGGAACUCAUUGUAAAACGUGCAGUUACUGUUUACAGACUUCUCCCAAGUUGAUACAGAAUAACUUGGGAGGAAAGCUGGAAGACUUCUGUGGUGAAGAAUGCAUGUCCAAAUAUACGGUUUUGUUCUAUCAGAUGGCCAAAUGUGAUGGUUGUAAACGGCAAGGUAAACUCAGUGAGUCCUUGAAAUGGCGAGGGGAAAUAAAACAUUUCUGUAAUCUGCUUUGUAUCUUGAUGUUCUGCCAUCAGCAAACUGUAUGUGACCCACCUGCACAGAGCAACAAUGCAGCAAAUAUUUCCAUGGCUCAAGCUGCUUCUGCAGGCCCUCCAUCUCUCAGAAAGGAUUCUACACCAGUCAUAGCAAACGUGGUAUCAUUGGCAAGUGCUCCUGCUGCUCAGCCCACAGCAAACUCUAACAGUGUCUUACAAGGCGCAGUUCCAACAGUGACAGCAAAAAUCAUUGGGGAUGCAAGUACCCAAACAGAUGCCCUGAAAUUGCCACCUUCACAAACUCCAAGGCUUUUGAAGAAUAAAGCUUUAUUGUGCAAGCCCAUCACACAGACUAAAGCCACUUCAUGUAAACCACAUACCCAAAACAAAGAAUGCCAGACAGAAGACAUUCCAAGUGAGCCUCAGAUUGUUGUGGUGCCAGUUCCUGUACCAGUGUUUGUACCCAUACCUCUUCAUCUUUAUACCCAGUAUGCUCCAGUCCCAUUUGGAAUUCCAGUUCCGAUCCCUGUCCCCAUGCUUAUUCCAUCCUCAGUGGGUAAUGAAGACAAAGUCACUGAGAGUAUUGAAGACAUGAAGGAAAAGCUCUCCACACAUCCAUUUGAAGCUGAUCUCCUUGAGAUGGCAGAAAUGAUUGCAGAGGAUGAAGAGAAGGAGAAGACCCUAUCCCAAGGAGGAUCUCAAACUUCUGAACAGGAGCUCUUCCUAGACACCAAGAUAUUUGAGAAAGACCAAGGAAGUACAUACAGUGGUGAUCUUGAAUCAGAGGCUGUAUCCACACCACAUAGCUGGGAGGAAGAGCUAAAUCAUUAUGCCUUAAAGUCAAAUGCUGUGCAAGAAGCUGAUUCGGAACUAAAGCAGUUCUCAAAAGGAGAAACUGAACAGGAUCUGGAAGCAGAUUUUCCCUCAGAAUCCUUUGACCCACUUAAUAAAGGACAGGGAGUCCAGGCACGUUCUCGAACAAGGCGACGACACAGAGAUGGCUUCCCUCAGCCCAGAAGAAGAGGACGGAAGAAGUCUAUAGUAGCUGUGGAGCCCAGGAAUCUUAUUCAAGGAGCCUUUCAAGGGUGUUCAGUGUCUGGGAUGACACUGAAAUAUAUGUAUGGGGUAAAUGCCUGGAAGAACUGGGUUCAGUGGAAAAAUGCCAAGGAAGAACAGGGGGAUCUAAAGUGCGGAGGAGGUGAACAGGCCUCAUCCAGCCCACGUUCUGACCCCUUAGGAAGUACUCAAGACCAGACACUGUCUCAAGAAUCCUCAGAGCCAGGUUGUAGAGUCCGUCCUGUCAAGCUGAAGGAAGAUAUUCUGUCCUGCACUUUUGCUGAGUUGAGUUUGGGCUUAUGCCAGUUUAUCCAAGAGGUGCGGAGACCAAAUGGUGAAAAAUAUGAUCCAGACAGUAUCUUAUACUUGUGCCUUGGAAUUCAGCAGUACCUGUUUGAAAAUGGUAGAAUAGAUAACAUUUUUACUGAGCCCUAUUCAAGAUUUAUGAUUGAACUUACCAAACUCUUGAAAAUAUGGGAACCUACAAUACUUCCUAAUGGUUACAUGUUCUCUCGCAUCGAAGAAGAACAUUUAUGGGAGUGUAAACAGCUGGGCGCUUACUCGCCAAUCGUCCUCUUAAACACCCUCCUUUUUUUCAAUACCAAAUACUUUCAACUAAAGAAUGUCACAGAGCACUUGAGGCUGUCCUUUGCCCAUGUGAUGAGACGGACCAGAACUCUGAAGUACAGCACCAAGAUGACGUACCUGAGGUUCUUCCCACCUUUACAGAAGCAUGACUCAGAGCCAGAUAAAGUAACUGUUGGCAAGAGGAAACGGAAUGAAGAUGAUGAUGUCCCAGUGGGUGUGGAGAUGGCGGAGAAUACUGACAACCCACUGAGGUGCCCUGUUCGACUUUAUGAAUUUUACCUGUCAAAAUGUUCUGAAAGUGUGAAACAGAGGAAUGAUGUGUUUUACCUUCAGCCUGAGCGCUCCUGUGUCCCGAAUAGCCCCAUGUGGUACUCCACAUUCCCGAUAGACCCCGGGACCCUGGACACCAUGUUAACACGCAUCCUCAUGGUGAGGGAGGUGCAUGAAGAACUUGCCAAAGCCAAAUCUGAAGACUCUGAUGUGGAAUUAUCAGAUUAAGAUGGAUGGAUAUGAGGUUCCUAUUUUCAUACGCAUUGGUAUGCACCAAACUGUGAAUGCAUCUAGCUAUUGGGAAGCGAUGUAUAGCUCCAAGUCCUCUUGACUUGGUUAUGAGAUGGUGGAAGACAGAUGAUGACUCGUGAGCCACAGUAUGGAUGUGCAAAUGAAAACUGAAGGAAAGAAUAUGAACUGAGAAUUGUUAUUUGGCAGCGAUAGUUCUUAGACAUCUCCAGAAUGACUAACAGUUUCUCUGAGUGGUGCAUUAUCUUAUUUUGUUAGGAAUAACAAAUUGUGGAAUAUUUUUAAGGAAGACUGUUGUAUAAAACUCUACCAUAGUAACCUUAGAGCUUAGAGAGGUAGCUUUGGAGUGAGACCUUGGCGGUAGCAGGCCACUUGAGCAGGCCCUCCAUAAAAGCAGGGAGACGAGUGCUGAGCUGAGCUGACAUCCAGUGAAGCAGUGGGACCCAGGCUUGAAGACCCAAUAAAAUACUCAGCUCUUUUUUACAAAGAUAGUAAUGUGGUAUUGAUUUUGAUUUUCACUGCCAUGCCAUUUACAUGAAGGAUAUAAGCCUCUAGAGCUUUCCCUACAGGCCCCUCACACCAGGGAAAACAGCCUCACUGCUGCUGACGAAAUAAUAAUGUGUCCAGAAACGUUCAUUCUUGGGGUGAGGCCUUUUUAGCACUGGUUCUGGAUGUGGGUAAAUUAAAGAAAGGGGAUGGUAUUCCACAAACUCAAUUAUGCACAGAAGAUGUGGAGCCCAUCCAACUCCUAGUGUCUUGAAAUGUUUGUAGAAAACCCACUGAGAUGCCCGCUUCGCUGGGUGAAGCCCUUGUUGCCGCUGUCGAGGCUUGUGCUGUAGGACACAGAAAUGGGGGCUCUCGAUCUCACUUCUCCCCCAUGGCAGCUCUCCUCCCAUUAUUUCACCUUCCUUGUUCCCAAGGUGAUUCUUAAUGGUCCUUUGCACCCAUUUCUAGAGGCUCUUGCCAUUUCAAAAAGAUCCUUCUGUCUCCUCGAUGCUGGCAAAACUGUGGGUGAUUCCACAGACACAGUAUUACUUAGCUAUCUGAAUUAUGGUAGAAAAGGUCUUAGUAUGUUCCUGUGUAAUACAUUUGGAAGAUGACCUUGUUGCCCUAAGAAAUUUGCAAAUAGGGAUUCUGGGGUUAGGCUACAGAGACAUGGACUGUUUUGCAUAUUCACAAGCAGGUCUCUUACAGCAUUAUUCCAAGCUCUAGUUCUUUCAGUAGUUCCACGAGGACUGCAAGUCACAAGAGUGUGUGGCACAGCAGUCCAUCUCUCUCGUCUCCAUUCUCCGUUUCUGGCCAGCACACCUUUGAAUCAAAGCUUCUAUGAUGUUGGUCGAUCACAGAACUUCUUAGGUGAGGGGAAUUUGACUUUGUGAUAAAGCUCAGAGAAGUCAGAAAGCUUCAUAAAAAGUUUUAUCUUAAAGGCUUUUCAGUAUGUCCCAAGUUAGGUGUGGAUGACAGGUGUAUUUUGUUUAACAAUAAUUUAAAAAGUGAGCCUUUUGACAUUGUAUACUUGAUGGUUCUGUCUCUGCCUGUAACAAAUCUCAUUUUUGUUACCAAGAACUGCGUGAAAGAAGUAAACCUUCCCAGUUCUAUAUGAUGAAUUCCAUCUGUGUUUGUCAUUUCUCAUGGGGAAACCUCUUCUAGACCUGUUUUGAUUGGAGGAAAAGCAGUUGGAUUGUCUGAUAAGUCUGCCAAGAAACCCUGCAGGAACAUCAAGUGUAAAUGGACCCACUAUACCAAUUUUAUGGUUCGUGUAAACACUUAUAUUGUCCCAUCUGUAGUUCUUUCAAAAGCAAAUAUUGUUAGCCUAUAGAUAAUUGUUAUAAAAGACCAGAAAGAAAAGAUAAUCUGUGUCUUAGUGGAGAAUCAUGAUGACUCAGAUAAAAUGUGACUGAAUCAGGAUUUCAGCUGCAUGUUAGUACACAGAGUUGCCCAGACCCUGAGCUAAUUCCUAAAAUACUGAUUAUUGGUCAUUCAUCAGUGUAGCUGUUGAUGUUGUGUCCAAUUAUUUGCCUUUUGAAAUUUUAUUAAAUUAUGUAAGAUUACAUUUUUUUCAGGAAAGAAAAAAAAGAGAAACAUCUAAGUCAUUAUUGCUAAUCUUUUGGUUUUUAAUCACAUUUGGGUUUCCCUUUGCAGAAACCACAGAAAUUUUCCCUUAGAAUAAAAUAUAUUUGUAUUUGA